CUGGGGCAAGCUGUGGAAGGCACGCGGGGAGCUGAGGACGAGGCUGCUCGCCCGCCUGCCUGCCUGCCUUUGCUUCCGGGUCGUGCGCCGGCCGCGGCGGUUUUGCUUCCGGCGCCGUCCCGAGUCGGGGCGGGGAAGGCCCGCUCCUGUGCAGCGGUGGCCCGCGGGGGCGGCGGCGAGGCGAAGGCGGCGGGCCGAGCCAUGGAGCCGCGGCUGUGAGCAGCCCCCGGCCCGGGCCCCCGCCCGAGGGAAGCCGGGCCGGAGCCGGAGGCCAUGGACAAGCUGACCAUCAUCUCAGGAUGCCUCUUCCUGGCCGCCGACAUCUUCGCCAUCGCCAGCCUGGCCAACCCGGACUGGAUCAACACCGGCGAGUCCGCGGGUGCUCUCACAGUUGGCCUUGUGCGACAGUGUCAAACGAUCCAUGGACGUGACAGGACCUGCAUCCCCCCACAGCUGCCUCCCGAGUGGGUCACCACCCUCUUCUUCAUCAUCAUGGGCAUCAUUUCAUUGACGGUCACGUGUGGCUUGCUAGUGGCUUCCCACUGGCGAAGAGAAGCAACCAAAUAUGCGCGCUGGAUAGCGUUCACUGGAAUGAUCCUGUUCUGCAUGGCUGCCCUCAUCUUCCCCAUAGGAUUUUACAUCAAUGAAGUGGGAGGCCAGCCGUACAAACUGCCCAACAACACGGUGGUGGGCUCGUCUUACGUACUGUUCGUUUUAUCCAUUUUCUUUACAAUAGUCGGACUGCUGUUUGCUGGCAAAGUAUGCUUACCCGGCUGACGAAGGCCUAGGUGCUGCUUCACUCGGUCAUGAAGGAGAGGAGGGCGUCUGGCGCAUUCUCGGGAGGAUGCCCACGUCGUCGUCGGGCUAUCACAGUCUUGCCGUCGUGAGGAGGGAGGCGCCCGUGUGUCCUCACUACGCACUUUGUUGUCUGUCUGGAGGAAACAAAACGGAGACCCUUGCCCGUCACCCAAACCAGACAGCCUCGACUCAUCUCCUGAGCAUCUGGAUGUGGUCAGGUGUGCCCCGUGAGACAGGAAGUAGUGGCGCAAAGAGGUCUUUGCUGCCCUGGACACGAUGUCGCCCCGUCACUGUACUGUACCCCUUUUAAAUGUCUGACAGUUUUGAAAGUCUCUCGAAGUAUUUAUGAACUUGGGUCAACCCAAGGCUUGCCAGCCAGCGGGGCCGGAAGUGGGGCUGGCCUCACUCUGCGUAGGGGAUUCGCAUCUUCCUUCUGUGACAGGCAAGCGCGUCUGCCACCACAAUCCGGAUCGAUCUCGCGCACCCUAAAGCCAAUAGAUCCAAAGCGGUUCCCUGGCAUCUCGGGCGCCUGCUGCCAGCACUCCCUGUGAGCCAGGAACGCCAAGGGAUGGCUAGGAAUUCGUCCUUAUAUUUAUAUAAAUAUAUAUAUAUAUAUUUUGCUGAUGCAGUAUACAUAAUGUGUAUACAUAUAUAUGUAUAUAUAUACAUACACCCCCCCCACACUCUCUUAUACAUACAGUUCCUGGAAGAGAACUCUCAAACGCUUUGCUGGCAAAACACUGUGGUGUGCAAAACUAGAACUUGAUAGUUUAAAAAAAAAAAAAGCCAUUUCUCUGAAGGCUGCAGAGCUGGGAAGUCUUCAGUUUACCUCAUUCUUUGUAGCAGCCCUUGGUUUAACCGGUUUUUUGUAAUAGGUACAAACAAGCCCCCUGCCUUUCUAGGUGCAAUGUUAAGUUAAGCUAAGGUUGUGUUUUGUUUUUGUUUUGUUCUUUGUAUGGUAAUUUAUUUGUAUAUUGGGGGUUAGAAGGCACAAUCAUGCCAUGCCUUUAAAGGUUAGGUCCCUGUGAGGGGAAAUCACACUACUUAAAACUAGGAGCAACUGUUACAUUCUGGUGGAGGGGGGCGGUCCUCUUUCUCCCUCCCCAGCACCUUUCUUGGCUUGGCUUGACCUGUUACGUUGGUGUCGGCACAGAGAAUCUGCCCCGGAUCCCUCCAGCUGCCUCUGUUGUGUGGUUGAGCAAUCCAGACAUACAGCCGAGGGCAGGUUCCUGUUCCACUCUCAAGUAUUAUGUUCAGCCCCAAAAGGGAGUGAAUUCGAAACCCCCUCGUGUCCCCAUGCCCUGCCGUGUCCUGUCUCCGCUUGAAUGGAGGGCUCCCGGCAUGGCCUCCCCACUCACCUUCACUUGGAGCCUGGCACUGCUGACCCCCUCGGUUACAAAGCGGGCUCCAGGUUUCUGUGGAUCCAGCCUCCAGUGGGCUCACAGAGCGGAAAUGGCGCCCUGUGACAAAGGGGAAGAUGUGGGCAUCAGCCUUUUGCCAGCGUCGGCUGCGUAGUGCGGUUCAUCCGUCCAUGUUGACGUCCUUGGUUCAUAGAAUCUACCGGAGUCUUUUCAGGUUGGACUACAACUCCCAUCAUCCCCAGCCAUCUUACUGCUGUUGGGAUGAUGGUAAUUGUGGACCAGCAAGAGCCAGAGAGUGUCAGCUUGGGCACCCCGAAAUACUAGGCCCAUUGUCAGUGGUUCGUUUCAACAGCUCGAGUCAUCGGUGGGCCCUGCCAUUGUAUGGGCAGUUCCAAGGGUCACAGAAUCAGGCAUCUUACUGCUUUUUCACUGACUGUAGCCAUAGGCACAUUUUCAAGUUGAUAUUGUAUACGUGUGGGCUCCAGGAAUUGAAAUCGACUUGACGGCACACUUUGCCUUUACCUCUGCUGACAAGAGAACAGCUACUAUAAGGCCGUAGUUGGACAGAAUGCUUAAAUAUUAUGGACGGUGUCUAAAACAAGCAGAAUACGUCUGAAAUGGCAUCGGAAAUUGUGUCGCAAUUCUGAUUCCAUUACUGAUGUAUUUUGCACAUUUCAGAUACGAUCAUGUUUGAGGGUUUUGUAAAAUGAUGGCCUUAUAGUAGAUGUUCUCUUGCCAGUGGGUAUAUAUGACAUCUUCAGAAUUUGCUUAUGGCUGCGCUCACUGAAGAAAUUGCGUUGUGUUUUAUUCGGUUGCCCUUGGCAUUCCUCUCCUGGCUUAGAUGCCAGGCAGCGCCAACCGCUGGCACCAGGCCUGAUCAGUGCAGACUUCCAGCUGCCGAGUGGGCGAGGCAGGCACGAAGUUUUAUCCUUCUUUUCGGGUUAUGUUGGGGGGUUGGACUCGUAUUGAACAUCAGCUGCCGGUCCCUUACGGCAGGAGUUGCAUUGAAACUAAAUGGAAAUGGUUUAACUGCGAUGUACUCUCAGCAGAAGCCAUGGGGCUGCCCUUUACCCAACUGCUGUGCAGAUCUUACCUGUGUGUUGGGCCUAACGUUGGUUGCCAGACUGGUGGCAGCUGAUGUUAUCAGUGCAAUGGGACAAAAGGAGUCACUUCUGGCUCAGAGGUAUAUUCUCUAAGGGAUAUCAUUAGUGUAUUCCCUUGUUGCCAGACUUUCUCUGUGGUAGAAGAAGGUGGGACACUUUGGAAUGGCAAACGACAGGGACAUGUUAGGAAGGUGCCUUGUGCCCAGUCAGACCCUUGGUCCAUCUAGCUCUGUACUGACAACUCUGACUGGCAGCAGCAGCAGCUCUCUGAGACUUCAGGCAGGAGUCUCUCCCAGCCCCGAAGAUGCUGGCAGGGAGUGAGCCUGGGACCUCUGCUGUACAAAGCAAAUGCUCUGCUACUGAUCGAUGGCUCUGUCUGAGGUUCUCUUCCUGGCAGCAUCUCCAGGGAGGCUAGGAAAGACCUGCUGAAAGCUUGGAGAGCUGCUGCCAGUCGGUGUAAGCAGUUCUGAGCUAGCUGGGCCAAGGGUCUGACUCAGUAGAAGGGAGCUUCCUGUGUUCUCCCUGUGACAUCCAAAUCAUGUUAACUUUCCCAUCACAUGAUGAUGCACCAAAUUGUCAAGCUGGUGGAUGACUGUGAUUCUUGAGUACUUAAGGGUGUAGGUUUGUUUGGGUUUUUUUGGAAAAUCAGUCUGUCAACUCCACAGUUAGGAAGAGUUCUCAUGGAAGAGCUUGUGAACAUGUAUUCUGGUUGCUUUCUGAAAGUACACUUCAGUCAGGACUUGCUGGCUUCUAGACUUGAACGGUUUCUAAAUUUGUUUUGCGUUGGGUUGGAAAACCAUCUCUGACCCGGGAAUUCCUUCCGGAACUCUUAAAGAGAUCUUGCGGUUGGGGAGGUUAAUUAGGCUUCCCAUGGAAUUGUUGUUCUGAGGAUUGGUACUGAACCUGGAGGAGUCACCUAGGAAUUUUCAUCAUCUCCCGAUACAAUGGCGCUUUCUCCAAAGGAUUUACUGUAAACAGUUCCAUGGAAGAACCUGGAGGUGGUACUCUCUCCUGGAGCCAUUCUUGCUGGUCUGCUACUUGACUGACUUCUUCCUAGGGUGCCAAUAUUCUUCUGCCUCUGCUCCUGGGUCUUUAAUAACCACCUGCCAUGCCUUAGUCCAACAGGUGACACACUUUUCCUGCUAUGGAGAGAGAACAAGUGGCGAAAGUAGCCCUCCAGUAGUUCCACACAUAGCCGAGUCAGGCACGUAACCACUUGGUCAAUGACUGUAGCUAUAAGCUCAUGUUCAAGUUUAUAUUUUAUAUCUCUCUAUUGGCAAGAGAACAUCUGUGAACAUCUGUAAUUUGGUCUGCAAAACCUUUAAAUAUUAGAGUGUCUGAAAUGUGCAAAAUAUCAGUGAAGGAAUCGGAAACAAUUUCCACAGUUCUGGUUCCAUUAUGGAUGUGUUCUGUACAUUUCAGAAACCUGCUGUAAGAUUUAAGGGUUUUGGAAAACAUGGCCUUAUUAUAGGCAAUGUUUUCUUGCCAGCUGGUGAAUCUCGAAUACCAGCUUGAAAAAUUGCUUAUGGCUACAGUCACUGGGGAAAGUGGUAACGUGCCUGAUUCUGUUACCCUUGGACAUGCCCCCUUGUUUGAUUUCUGCAUCUCAAGCUGCUGUUAAAGAUAGAGGAGCAGAACCUGUUUGGGGGAGUGGAAGAUGACACCACCACCCCGUCCUCUUCCUCCCAACAUCAUUGACUGUCUUGCCAUAGUUAAUGUCAUAUCCUCUCUACAGUAGCGUGGCUAACUCUAUGGCCUUUGUUCAUACUUACUGCAGGUGCUGUUCUGAGAGUAGGAAGCAGAGCACCAGAAUUAUAACUGCCGAGGAGGAGGAGGAGGAGGGGAGCAGCACAGUGAAAUGGCAUCUGAGCUGCCGUCUCCCCUUCCUCUCCCCCCCGCCGUCUCCCCCACUUUAUAACUCGUCCCAAGCCUUGUGCUUCACUGGCACCUCCAUACACAGAUGGUGUUCCUAUUCCGCAGUUCCUCUCUUUCUCAAUUAGAAGUUCAUCCUGCCCCACAUCAAGCUGUGAUGCAGGCACAGUGGAGGCUUAUGUGAGCAGCCCCUCUGGUGCUCUGCUUCAGGUCCGUGCUCUUCUUCCCCAGCCCUUGGAUGGGGAAAGACUGGCGUAAAGAGCAUUUCUUCCACGGCUUAAACCCCCUCUUCCCAGGUCACUUAUGGCAGGGCUGCCCGACUUCAGCCCUUCAGCCUUGUUGGACUCCUAUUCCCAUCACCCCUGACUAUGGUCCGCUGUGGCUGUGGAUGAUGGGAGCUGUAGUCCAAAACCAGAUGGAGGGCUGAGUUGGGCAGCCCUGACUCAUGGCUGCAACGGCAUUCCUAAAACUCCUUCAGAUCAAAUAUAACCACUGUGGGGCCUCCCUAAAGUUCCAGGGAUGCUCCCUUGAGUGCUGUUCCUGCAAUGGCACCCAGAAAGGCUUUAUGAAUGGGUCUGCUUGUGAAAGAAGGGCAGAGAUCGUGAGCCAACCCACAGACGUUUCUUAGGGGUAGAUUAGAGGAUAAGGAUUUCAACACGUUAGACAUGGGCUGACUUGGAGGGGUGGUCCUGAGUUCUACAUUUAUGACAUGGGCAGUCUUCCAAAGAUGAGUAAUCUAGUGGCUGUAUUAGUGUUGAGCAGUGUGAACGGGGAGCCAGUAAGUCAAAGGAGUUGCAGUGGUGGGGGGCAUGUUUCAGGCUCUGAUGGCCCCCAAAUGCAUAUUAAGAUGGAGAGGAGCACCUAGGAAGCCACAAAGGAGGGCGGAAUAGAGGACACAUGAACUGCACACAAAGUACAGAGGUACCUUUCCACACGACGCAUCAUCCACUUGUGGAAUUCUCUGCCACAAGAUGUGGUGACAGCCAACGACCUGGGUGGCUUUAAGAGGGGUUUGGAUGACUUCAUGGAGGAGAGGUCCAUCAAUGGCUACUAGUCAGAGGGCUGUGGGCCACCUCCAGCCUCAAAGGCAGGAUGCCUCUGAGUACCAGUUGCAGGGGAGUCACAGCAGGAGGGAGGGCAUCCCCCUUUCAGGUCCUGCCUCUAGGCUCUCAGCGGCAUCUGGUGGGCCACUGUGUGAAGCAGGAGGCUGGCCUAGAUGGGCUGAUCCAGGAGGCUGUUAUGUUCUUAUGCAAGAACAUGGUCAGAACUCCCUACCUUUUGACUCCAUUGAGGGUGAGGAUAUACAGUAUUGUCACUUUUUUCUGCCGAAAGUGAUAACAUGUUAACUUUCCUUGUUAACAGCCCCUCACCAUUCAGUCAAACUUACACAAUCCUUGUUCAGUGUGUUGUCAUUCUCAGGAUGUGGUCAAAUAUAAACCUGUUCAAUUGAAAGAGUUUAUUCACCCACAAAAGUUUCCUUCCUCCUCCUUCCCCCCCAAUUUUUUUUUACCCUGCAAUGAUAUUUUCCUGUCAUCACUUAAAAUUAUGUUGGAAAAAUUUGACGAACUUCUGUGUCAUACUAUGACUGCAACACAUAUCCUGUCUUGAAUGGGAGUUUGACCAAUCUAGAGGCAUUUGCCAAAAAUAAAAAAGCUGCAACCAGAACAAUACAUAAAUAUUUGUGGUUUUCAGUCUGUAUCAUUUCAAAUUGCUUUUGUGGGAUGGAGGGUUUAAAUCUGUAACUAUAAAGUUAGGGGUGGAAGGAGAGAAGGCCAACAGUUGCUUAUAUUACAGUCACAAAAAAUGCAGUAUUAAUUUAUAGCAGACCAUAUCUUGUAAACUGUAUAUAAAACACAGUUCUAUGGUGCAAUUAUC